CUAACCCAGAUUUUAGGACGCCACUUCCGGGCUUUUAGGCUAGGUGCUGCUAGGCAACUGAGCUGCUCGGCUGGUAGGAGGGAAAAGAAGGGACGCUUUGAGGCGGCCGUUGGCGAGGCUUGAGCAAGGAUGAAGUUUACAGAUUACUGCCUCAGCUCCGAGGGAGCCGAUGUUAUUUUAGCAACGUCCGGUGAUGAAAUGUACCCGGCGGAAAACAUCAUUGACGGGCGAUCUGAAACUUUUUGGACCACAACAGGGAUGUUUCCUCAGGAAUUUAUUAUUUCCUUUCAUAAACGUGUGACCAUCAGCAAACUGACAAUUCAGUGUUACUCAGUGAAGAGGUUACGCAUUGAAAAAAGUGUAUCUAAAGAUCCAGUUGAUUUUGAAAAACACAUUGAAAGAGAGCUACAAUGUAAAGAUGGGGAACUACAAACAGAAGAUUUUUCUUUUCCUGAGAUCCAAGCAACAUAUCUUCGAAUCAUCAUUUUAUCUGCUUCUGAUGCUUUUGUGUCAGUUCAUAGGGUAAUAGCAGAAGGACUAUCAGAUGAAAGUUAAAUUCAAUAUUCAGUUUAUAACACAUUAAACAUUAAGCCUUUUAAAAAAUGUAGCAGGCAUUAACUGCAGUUGGUAUUUAAUCUUUUCAAUGGAAAUUUGUUAAAAAAUUUCAACAAUGAAUAUUAUUAUAUAAUAUUUAUAUGAUGAUGUACAGUAUAUUAUAGAUGAAAUAGAGUAAUAAACAAGAAUGUUAAAUCAUUAAACCUUCUGUUAUGUUGCCCAAUAUCUUCAGUUUAUCUUAAUUGAUAAGAAAUUGACUUCAUUUCGUCUGGGGCAAUCUUUCCUUUUAGACCACCAGGUUCCACUCCAUCAUUUUAUCUGUAUUAUAAGAUGAUACCAUAUUUAAAGAAAACAAGUUCAACCUGGACGGAGAUUUUUGGACCAAGUUUAAUAUUGCAUCUUGUUUCUAUAAAUAUUUUCCAUAUCAGGUCAUAGUUCUCUUCUGUUUUAAACUAUGACUAUCAUAAACAAAUAUUAAUAGAAACAAAAGUAAGAAAAUUAUUACAACUAUUCCAUUUAGAAAGUUCUUCUCUGCAGACAUCUUUAAAACUGGAUUUGAUUGUGCUUCUGUCCUUAAGUGGUUUGGCUUCAAAGGAUCCAAUGCAUCUUUACAUGGUAGGAGUUUCAUGACAACAAUCAUGUAUAUUUGUCUGUUACAAGUGGCAACAGUGUUCUCCAGAAAUUUGAUUCUAUACAGCUUCUGUU